AGCAGCCGUGCGCAUGCGUCUUGAACACACAGGAAGGAGCCUCACGGAGAUUAAUGGAGGAGUUGGCGGUGCCCGGUGUGCCAUUACCAAUGUUUCUGCCCAUGAUAUCGCAGCCUUCGAGGACUCUUUGAACGUUUCUCUUUUUCGUCAUUUUACGUUUCGGUCUAUGGGAAGCUGAGCCGCCGCGCUGUCCGCGCUGUUAGGUCGCCGGAGAUGGCCGGGAGGCUCCCCAGCUGGGCCCUCGCCUGGUGUCUUCUCACGUUGCUGAACCCGCUCCAGAUGGUUCCAUGCUGGGCAAAUACUGUGUCCCUGUCUGAAAACCUCCUGUUUGUAUCCACGCUGGAAGGGAACCUACAUGCUGUCAGCAAGAGCUCAGGCUCCAUCAAAUGGACCCUAAAAGAAGAUCCUGUGCUUCAGGUGCCCACACACGUCACAGAGCCCGCGUUUCUGCCCGAUCCGAAUGAUGGCAGCCUAUACUCCCUGGGGGGGAAAAACAGCGAGGGACUGACGAAACUGCCCUUCACAAUCCCCGAGCUUGUUCAGGCGUCACCCUGUCGCAGCUCUGACGGGGUCCUCUACAUGGGUAAGAAGCAGGACCUGUGGUACGUGGUGGACCCGCUGACUGGGGAGAAGCAGCAGACACUGACAUCCUCCUUUGCUGAGAUGCUCUGCCCCUCUUCCUCGUUGCUCUACCUGGGUCGUACAGAAUACACCAUCACGAUGUACGACACCAAGAGCCGGGAGCUGCGCUGGAACGCCACCUACUCCGAUUACGCCUCCACGCUGCCCGACGACGACAACAAAUACACAGAGCUGGCCCACUUUGUAUCCAACGGCGACGGCCUGGUGGUGACCGUGGACAGCGAGUCGGGCGACGUGCACUGGGUGCAGAACUACAACUCGCCCGUGGUGGCCAUGUACAUCUGGCAGCGGGAGGGCCUGCGCAAGGUGCCGCAUACCAACUUCGCCGUGGAGACGCUGCGGUACCUCACCUUCAUGUCCGGGGAGGUGGGCCGCAUCACCCAGUGGAAGUACCCUUUCCCCGAGGAGAAGAAGCCCAAGAACAAGCUGAUGUCCACGCUUUACGUGGGAAAGUACUCCACCAGCUUAUACGCGUCCCCAUCCUUGGUGCACGAUGGUGUCACUGUUGUGCCUCGUGGUAGCACCUUUCCUCUGCUCGAGGGCCCCAGCCAGUCAGAAUUCACCAUCCAGGAUGACAAAGAGUGUGUCAUCACCCCCAGCAUUGACGUCAAGCUCACCGACGGCCUGAAGCAGCGCAGUCGCUUCAAUUUCAUGAGCAACUACCUGCUUCUUAUCGGUCACCACGAGACCCCCCCGAACGCUCACAAGAAGAUUCUGGAAAGGUUCCCUGGGAGCUUCCCACGGCAGCCAGGCAACGUCAUCCCUCCAAGCACGGAGGAGCCGAUCGAGGAGAAGGUGAACGAAAGCAAUAUGGGCGACGAUGCGGCUCAAUCAUCGGCCACCUCCAUCCAGGAGAAGCCCUCCAAGCAGGUGCGGGUGGAGGCCCCCGUGGACAGCAUGCUCAAGGACAUGGCCACCAUCAUCUUCAGCACCUUCCUCUUGGCUGGCUGGCUGGCCUUCGUCAUCACGUACCCAAAGACCGUACAUAAACAGCAGCAGCUGCAACAUCAGCAGUUCCAGAGGCAGAUGGAGGAGAAGUUGGAACUCAUCCAGAAGCAGCAGUUGGUUUUUCAGCCGCCCUCCGACAUGCCCCUGGACGGGGACUUCCUGGACGCGGCGAGAGCACGGGCCGAGGGCUCCAACCAAAGCAGUCCGAGCCUCACCCCCCGGGCCUCCAACCACUCCAACCUGUCGGUGUCAGAGAUCAGUGGCUCGGCCAACGAGCAUGAGGAAGGAGAUGAAGAUUCAAACUGCAUCCGGGUCGGAAACAUUACCUUCAACCCUAAAAAUGUGCUGGGACAUGGAGCUGAGGGAACUAUUGUGUACAAGGGUAAGUUUGAUGACCGGCCGGUGGCAGUGAAGAGGAUCCUUCCGGAAUGCUUCAGCUUCGCCGACCGCGAGGUUCAGCUUCUGCGCGAGUCGGACGAGCACCCCAACGUCAUCCGCUACUUCUGCACCGAGAAGGAGCGGCAGUUCCACUACAUCGCCAUCGAGCUGUGCGCCGCCACGCUGCAGGAGUACGUCGAGCAGAAGGACUUCGACCGGCACGGCCUGGAGCCGGUGUCACUGCUGCAGCAGACCAUGUCCGGCCUGGCGCAUCUCCACUCGCUGAGCAUCGUGCACAGGGACCUGAAACCCCACAACAUCCUGGUGUCCAUGCCCAACGCACACGGCCGGGUCAGGGCCAUGAUUUCCGACUUCGGCCUGUGUAAGAAGCUGGCUGUGGGCAGACACAGCUUCAGCAGGAGGUCGGGGGUGCCCGGUACCGAGGGCUGGAUCGCCCCGGAGGUCCUCAGCGAGGACAGCACGGCCAAUCCCACGUGUGCGGUUGACAUCUUCUCGGCGGGCUGCGUGUUUUACUACGCCGUGUCGGAAGGCAGUCACCCCUUCGGCAAGUCACUGCAGCGGCAAGCCAACAUCCUGGCGGGGGCCUGCAGCCUGGACAGCCUCCAGCCGGACAGACACGAUGACAUAGUCGCUGCAGACCUGAUCCUGCAGAUGCUGAGCAUGGAGCCUCAGCGAAGGCCGUUGGCGGACAGCGUGCUCAAGCACCCGUUCUUCUGGAGCCUGGAAAAGCAGCUGCAGUUUUUCCAGGAUGUCAGCGACAGGAUAGAGAAAGAACCGCUAGAUGGGCCAAUCGUGCGGCAGCUGGAGAGGGGGGGCAGGGCGGUGGUGAAGGGAGACUGGAGGGAACACAUUACUGUGCCUCUGCAGACAGAUCUGAGGAAGUUCCGGUCAUAUAAGGGGGGAUCCGCCAGGGAUCUUCUCCGUGCCAUGAGGAAUAAGAAGCAUCACUACAGGGAGCUGCCUGAGGACGUACAGGAGACUCUGGGCUCCAUUCCCGAUGACUUUGUUUCCUACUUCACCUCCCGCUUUCCGCAACUGCUGCAGCACACCUACCAGGCCAUGCGCACAUGCGCGUCGGAGCGACCCUUCCUGGCCUAUUACCACAGCUCGGCGAAUCCUGCACAAAUACGGGCCGGUCCAGAGCCCACGGAGACGAACGAGGCGCCCAUGUGAGAUGGUGCAAGGGAAACAGGGCACUGGGUUUUGGAUUUCUUGCCUUACCGAUAUGCAUUCCAGGACUGGCUGCCUUUUUCCCCUGUGCUGUGGAGGAGCGGGCCUGCAGUGCCUGUGACUCGACACCAGAGGGAGCAUCUCCUGUUUUUCAAGUGCCUGUGAUGUGACGGAUGGCCUGCAGGUGGAGCUACAGAGUCAGCACUCCUCUAUGAGGAGUCAGAGCGGAGCAUAAUCCAGGCAGUGCCUCACAGAGGCCUCUGGAAAUACGAAUGAUGUGGGUAUUAUUAGUGUUAGAUGCAUUGAAAAUAAUGAACUGUCACUUCACCACCUGCAGAGCACAGUGGUUUGACCAAUACAUCAGCAACUGUUUGGGGACUUUGGGAAAUAUGUACUGUGCAAUUAUGGAGUUACUCAGCUCUUUUCCCCCCUCUAGUGGGUGAAUUAACUUAUUUUUUUAAACUGUCUUCAGUGUAUGAAAUAUUCCCAGAGCACCUUAUCUUCCUGUCACAACUUGCUUCUUUCGGCACGUGUGAAUGUCCCCAGAGUGGUUUGUUUUCCACACGGUGAUGUACUUUAAACCUGCUUUGGAGUUGGGGAGACAUCAGGGUAGCGGUGAUGUGGGUUACAGUCUGUAGGUCAUUCUCUUUAUUGCAGGAUUAUCUUAGUAAGACUGCAGGUGGUUUAAGUGAAACCAUAUUCUUUCCAUGAGAAUUUUACCAGGUGUUUUAUAUCUAUGCCAAGCUUCAUACGGGACGUAGUAUUUGGUAUCGAUAGAUUCCGUUGAACGUCGUCCGGUUCCUCGGCUGCUGCAGCAUUCUUGCUUAUGGAAAGGGUUGGCUGACUUGGUGGCAAUAUAGCGAAUAUGCAGAUAUGAACUGAAACAAAGUACCAAAUGUAUACUGUACAAUGAAUGGGUACAAGUUUUUAAAAGAGCUAUGAUAUAAUAAAUGAAGGUAUACUUAAUUUUAUCUGCGAGCUGUGCUUGUGGAGGAAGGUAGCCUGUAGGUGCUUAGUCAGAGAUGGAUUUUCGUGUUGCCACAAGCGGCCAGCAUACACGGAAAAUGUUUUGCAUUAAUUUGUUCUUGCAAGAUCCCCCCCCCACCCCCACCCCCCACGUUUAUUCAUGUUUGUCAGCUGAAAACACGCCGGCUGUUCUGUUUCUCUAUAUUCGGUUUGUAUAUAUUUUUUUAUGAACGGGCAGCAAAUGGGCUGCUUUCCUGUUUUAUUAAUAACUGGAUGGCUUCCCAUUUAAUUACCCAGUAUUAUUGUCUGCAUACGAAAUGUCUAAAAUUUAACAUUUCAGCUUUUCAUAUCAUGGAGAAAAAUGAACUUUUAAAUCACACUGCCAUCCACAAACACGUGGCUAUACUUGAACUUGGGACUUCAGGAAUAACUAGAUUCAUUUUAUGGUCUGUCUUUGGGAGUGUGCCAGCUAAGGGUUAAUUAUGCUGUAAUGCAAUGAAAAUGUUUAAGUGGGAAAUUAGCAUUAAAUUAAGGCAUAGCCUUUGUUAAUGAGAUCAUUUUUAUUGAAUUUUUGUAUUUUUUUUUUUUUUUUAAAAUCUCAAAAGAUGAGCUUUAUUUAAGAUGCUCAGUUAAUGUGUAUUGGCUCCCAUUUUUGGUUUUGUACAGUUUUGGUUAGACGGCAAAUGCGUCAGGAAGUAGUGCUGCUUAAAUAAGAUACCAAAUAAACAUAUCUUUGGAUGAUUUAUAAUAUGGGCUGUGUGUAUUAGGGAUGUGCGUCUCCAUCACUGAGGCCGAUGUGACACAUCUCAAUGCAUUCCCAACGAUUCAAUGCAUUAAAGAUAUAUAUUAAGUAA